AUGUCCCUUGCAAAUCUGAAAGUCAAUGGGCUUUACAUCAUCUUAUUCAUCAGAAAUCACCCCCCAAUACAGAAUGAUUUCCACUGGGGUCUUUACUUUCAUCGUCAUCCCGAUAGUGGUGGCACAAAGUAUCAUAUCAAGCAGCAAGGUAGUGGCUGGAUACCCGACCAUGGGCCUAAUGCGGAGGUGCUCAAGUCCUUCCUUCUUGUUGGGCUUUUCAGAAUCGCUCAUGUCCCAAGUAGAUGGGAAGGCCUUUUGGAUCAGACCAUCAGGAUAUACGAUAGCCAGCUGAACGCUCCAGGCAUCACCUGCCGAGUCUGGGUCCUAUGGGUGCUGGCCCUUCUGCAAAAGUCUAUCAAUGGACAGACAAUCCUGAAAUGCAGUAAUUUAAAUGCACUGGAGAUCGAAGUUAAGAAUUGGGGAAAUGCAAAUGCCAGGGGUGCUGCAGACAAUAUCCAACCAAGACCAGUUACAACAUCGGCUAUGUGUGGACUCUAA